UGUGCAUGACCCAUGCACCACAACUGCGGCCCGCGAAACUGCCACAGGGCCUUCCUGGAAUAACCAAAAUAACCCGCUAUACGAGAGAAAUGGACGCCAGCUGGAGAGCAUUGAAGCUAAUUCUGGCAGCAGCGCUGCUCCAGUCCUCAAGCGCUUCUGUCCUGAACGUCACCACACCUGAGGUAGAGGUUGGUAAGACUGCCAACGUGUCCUUGGAAUGUUUCAAUCCAAACCCUGCGCCCGGCAUUUCUGAUAUUGUCAUGAUACGAAUCUUGAAAUGGCAUCAUGAUGAGUGGAACAGUGUGGCUGAGCUACAGCGCGGUGAUGAUGAGGAAGUCACACAAACAUCCGACGAGGUGUCCACCGAGGGUACAAUCGGUUCUGUCGAUGAGAGUUUUCUGCGGCUUACGUGGCCUGUGGCGACCAAUAACACACUCGGGCGAUACCGCUGUGAUUUCGUCAGCCUCACUCUCCAAGAGAGUGUUAUGUGGCAAAAGAGUGUGCCUAUUUUCGUCAGGCGUAAAAGGGUUCUCACUGUUCAGAUGCUGAGGGAAACCGUGGAGAAAAACAAGAGAAACGGUUUUCAGCAACUGCGCUCGCAGAAACAAGAUCUACUAGAAAACAUAACGGCCACAGGGGAACUUCUCAAAGCAGGUUUUGAGAGUCUGUUGGAAAGCGAGCUACAGGUCCUGAACAAGACGGUGGAGGAGAACAAGAAUGACCUUGACCUCCAGAACCAAGACAUUGAAAACGUGAAAGCUAGUGUGGAGAACAGCACGAGGGAGCUUCUUCAACUACUGAGCUCACAAAACCAAGAGAUCCAGGAGAAUUUAACAGCGACCAUAGAGGAUCUUGAAGAGGGAUUUGGGAAUCAGAUACAGGUGAGGAUAUCUCAUAAAGUACAACGGACUCCACCUAAGAACCCUCUGUGUGAGGAGCCAACUGGUCUUAAGAUGGGUUAUAAAUUUGGAGGUCCCAUCUCUAAAGAAUCGUCACAGUGUUGA